CCUCCUCCUUUGGGGUCCGGGUUUUGCCUGCCGGAGAGCGGGAGGGUCGGGGCCGGAGCCGGGCAAGGGAGAAGCCCAGUCUGGAAGGUGAUAAACAGUUUUCAGUUCUGCGGUGCCAUUACGGAGGGAUCAUUCUGAGGUGAAAAUGGAGCAGCAAGGCCCCACAGGCCCCAGAUCAGGGGAAGGAUCAGAGGGGCGAGGAAAACCCCCUCAGGUUGUCCAGACCGGAAGUAUGAAGGAAUUCCUGGAACAGAGACUGGGAGAUCCAGUCGAUCAGCAUGUAGCUGGGUUCCCUUUCCCUUGAGCAGUGGGAAGCCCAGUGGCAGGAGUUCAUCAGGACAUUAGAGUCUCCUCGUUCUCAGUGGGGAAUCCCACUCUUGCCGUGUAAACCUUCACCCUGGGACGAUGCCAAGGCCUUUUUGGCCUCCUUUGAGCAAGUGGCUGAUGCCUGUCAGUGGCCCCAGGAAGCGUGGAUCACCCGACUCCUGCCAGCACUCAGAGGAGAAGCUGAGAUAGCCUUCAACAGGAUGGAUGACAGAGACAAAGAGGAUUAUGGGAAGGUGAAGGCAGCCAUCUUGAGAGCGGAUGCACUGAUCCAGGAGAAGCAGCGUCAGCAGUUCAGGCGUUUCUGCUACCAGGAGGCCGAGGGGCUACUGGGGGCUUACAGCCAACUCCGGGAAAUGUGCCGAGGGUGGCUGAGAGUGGAGAACCACAGCAAGGAGCAGAUCCUGGAGCUCUUGAUCCUGGAGCAGCUACUGAACAUCCUACCCCUGGAGAUCCAGCACUGGGUGAGGGAAACCGGCCCUGAGAGCUGCUCCCAGGCAGUGGACGUGGCCAAGGAGUUCCUCUUAAGGCAGCAGGAGGCCAAGAGGCAGGAGAAGCAGGUGUGCUUGGAGGAGGUGGCUGCAAGUGUCUCCGAGGCAGGCCGGGAUCCCUCUGAGAUUGAGCCCUCUAAAACCCCUCUGAAAUCCCUCUUGAUAGAAGUCAAGGAAGAGGCAGAUGGAGAGGCCAGACCGCUGGCAGAAAGCAAAGAGGAGUCAGCCAGCGAGUUACGUGGGUUAUCACUGGAAAAAGACAAGAAUGAAGGUUCAGAAGCAGGGAUCCAGAUGGGGGAUCCAGAUGGAAUCAAAAGGAAGGAGGGAAACAACACAGUUGAGGAGAGGGAUAAACCCGUUCCUUGUCCAGGAGGGGACUUCCAAGAGACCCCAGUCCAAGAAGAAAGGCCAGCUGAAAGAAGAAGGAAAGAAGGCCUCCAUGCUAGCCAGAGAACCCACUCCAGGGAAACGGAGAAUGAAAGUGUGGCUUUUGGAGAGACCUCCAUUCAGAAAGUGAGUGUUGUUUCCGGGGGACAGAUUCACUCAGGAGAGAAACCAUAUCAUUGCCGGGAGUGUGAAAAGAGCUUCAGCCGGAGAACAGCCCUUACUUCUCAUCAAAGAAUUCACUCAGGGGAUAAUCAAGAGAAUGAGGAAGCUGAGGAACUGCAUCAGCUACCACCAGAUAAAACCAGGAAUCCAGAGCUGAAAGGAAACUUCAGGAAUCAAGAUGGACCCAAGAGGCAGAAAGGAAGCCACAUGGUGCAGAAGAGGUUUAAAGCCGUUCCUUAUCAAGGAGGGGAAUUCUCUGAAGUAAUUCACAUGGCAGAAGAAACAUACAAAUGCUUGGAGUGUGGACUGAGCUUCUCAGAUCAAACCCAAUAUGAUAUCCAUUUGCAAAUGCACAAUGGAAUGAAGUCCCAUAAAUGCUUGGAUUGUGGAAAGAGCUUCAGGUUCAGAUCAAAGCUCCUUAGACACCACAAAAUCUAUACAAGAGAGAAACCAUGCAGCUGCUCAGACUGUGGCGAGAGCUUGUCAUGUAGAAGAAACCUUCUUGAACACCAAAAGAUUCAUUCAGGAAAGAGGCCGUUUCUCUGUACAGUGUGUGGAAAGCGUUUCAACCAGUGCAGCAGUCUUCAACAGCAUAAAAGAACCCACACAGGAGAAAAACCAUUUGAAUGCUCAGAGUGUGGAAAGAAAUUCAUUGGGAAAUCUUUCUUGCAGCGACAUCAGAGAAAACACAUAGCUGCUCAGCCUGUGAGAAGAGCUCGUCUCGCUUUUCACACCUGAUAGAGAACCACAGAGUCCACACAGCGCUGAAACCAUAGCAAUGCUUACAAAGAGCUUGCAUCUGCACAGAAACUUUACUGCAGCUCAACAACAACAAUUAAAACUGGGAAGAAGUAGUGUAAAUGCUGGGACUGUGGAAAGAGCUUUAGCCCAGAGUGAAACCUCAGAUAGAUCUCAUGGGGAAGAAAGCAAGCAUGUGCUGUGAGGUUGGAAGGAGGUUCAAGAUAAGCUCUGCCUUCCUUAAUCAUUAAGGAAUCCAUAUAGGGAAGAAACCUCAUAAGUGCAUCUCGUUUCAUCUAGACUGAACUAUUGUACUUGGGGAUACUCAUGAAGAGUGCAGCUAGUGCAGGAUGCUGCGGCCAGACUGGUGGCUGGAGCCAACUACGGGGACUAUGAGACCGCAGUAUUGCUGCAAUUGCACUGGCUGCUAAUCCCUCCUGAGCGAAAUUCAAUGUGUUGGCUCUAUCCUUUAAAGCUCUAUAUGGCUUUGGAUCAAGGUAACUGCAAGAACGACUUCUCUCAUCCAUGCCCUCCUGAUUGUUCCAUCAACCAAAGAAGCGCCAUUGGUGGGUACACGAGAGAGGGCCUUUUCAGUGGCAGCCCCAUGACUAUGGAACAAUCUCCACAGGUAGUUGUGCCUACUCCCCUCACUCUUGAUCUUCAGGGUACAGCUGAAGAGUUUUAUUCAAGAUGACAUCUGAUUAGCUAGUAUUACUUACUGGUGUUUUAAAAUUAUGCUUUUAAAUUGGUUUUGAUAUGUUUUAAUGUUUGCUUUGUUGUUUAUAUUGUAAGCCGUCUUGAGUUCCAUGAGGUGGAAAGGAGGCUAAUAAAUGUUUUA